AUGCAGAUCAGGAAUGUCAGCCUCAAUAGUGAUUUGUCGUGUGAGCUCGGCUGCAGCCGAGUGGGCUGGGACCUGCAUGUUGAAUAUGAAAACCACCUCUCCUUUCUUCUGUUUCGGCAGUUAAAUAUUCUGGUUGACACUGGGAGCAGUAAUUUUGCUGUAGCAGGUGUGCCUGAUCCUGAUGUCACCUCCUACUUCAAUACAGAGCUGUCAAGUACGUACAAAUCACAAGGGAUCGAAGUUACAGUUAAGUAUAGUCAAGGAAGCUGGACUGGAGUGCUGGGUACAGAUGUCAUUACUAUCCCAAAGGGGAUUGAUGGCAGCUACACCAUCAACAUCGCUACCAUUCUUGAAUCGGAGAAUUUCUUCUUACCAGGGGUUAAAUGGCAUGGAAUUCUUGGUCUUGCUUAUGACACCUUAGCCAAGCCUUCAAGUUCUGUGGAGACAUUCUUUGAUUCUCUUGUGAGGCAGGCAAAGAUUCCCAACAUUUUCUCCUUGCAGAUGUGUGGUGCUGGACUGCCUGUUUCUGGAAGUGGUACCAACGGAGGUAGUCUUGUUCUAGGUGGCAUUGAACCAAGUCUCUACAAGGGUAAUAUAUGGUACACACCUAUCAAAGAGGAGUGGUAUUAUCAGGUUGAAAUUCUCAAGCUGGAGGUUGGAGGACAGAAUCUUGAAUUGGAUUGCAGAGAGUACAAUGCUGAUAAAGCAAUAGUAGACAGUGGGACCACCCUCCUCCGUCUCCCCCAGAAAGUCUUCACUGCUGUUGUGCAAGCGAUAGCUCGCACAUCCCUGAUACAAGAAUUCUCUUCUGGCUUCUGGUCUGGUUCACAACUUGCAUGCUGGGAUAAAACUGAAAGACCCUGGUCCUUAUUUCCCAAACUCUCUAUUUACAUGAGGGAUGAAAACUCUAGCAGGUCAUUUCGGAUCUCUAUCCUACCGCAGCUUUACAUUCAACCCAUCCUUGGGAUAGGAGAGAACCUGCAGUGCUACCGAUUUGGGAUCUCUUCCUCCACGAAUGCCUUGGUUAUUGGUGCUACGGUCAUGGAAGGCUUCUAUGUAAUCUUUGACAGAGCUCAGAGAAGAGUGGGCUUUGCAGUGAGUCCAUGUGCAGAGGUUGAUGGUUCUCCAGUGUCUGAGAUUGAAGGCCCUUUCACAACCACAGAUGUUGCAAGCAACUGCGUUUCUAGCAUAACUUUCCAUGAACCAGUGUUGUGGAUUGCCUCCUAUGCUCUCAUGAGCCUGUGUGGGAUUAUUCUCCUUAUCCUGAUCAUCCUGCUGCUUAUUCCACCACGGUGUCAGCAUCGCUACACUGACAAUGACGUGGUCAACGAUGAAUCCUCCUUGGUGCGACAUCGAUGGAAAUGAGAAACUUGAUGAUGAAACCUGGGACUUCAACAGAAUGAAGGAGAAAGUACUUUGCCAAGGGGAAGAAGCCAAUGCCUCAGUCCUUCCUACAUCCAUUACAAAUUGUUGUUGGAAAGCCCUCCAAAUACUCUGCAUCAUAACUUUUUAAGCUUUAUUUUCUAACACUGAUUCUGAACCAAAGCACUGUUAACCACCUCUCUUAAGUGCUACGGUAUGGAUUUGCUACUACAGUACAAUGAGCCUUUAUGCUCACAAUAGUACCUUUUUUUUUUUUUUUUUAAGAAAAAGAACCCUACACCAUGAUGUUCUUCCACUAUUUGAACAAAACUGUCCAUCCCUCUUUCAUAUUAAAAAAAAAAAGCUAUCAGAAUUUUCUAAGUGAUCAAACCCUGACUGUAGAAAAAGAGAAAAAAAAAUUAAUAACCUUUCUUACUAAUCACAUUAAAUGAAUACUGCAUUGCGUUUACAUCAGUUCAUUUUGAAGCUGUGCUUAUGGUGCGGGGGAAGGAGAAAGGUCAGAUACACGCAGCAGUUAAAGCAAGCGAGGUCAAGAAAAAUGGUGGUUUGGGUUUUUGUUCCUCAAGAUGUCUGCUGCCACUUGAGGGAUCACCAUUCCCAGGUGUCAUUGCAAAAUAGUUUGAGGAGGUAAAAACUGAAAAACAAACUUGUUCAGCCUUAGUGUAAAACAAGACUACCUCUCUUAAUUCACAAGGAUGAUACCACUGGUAAACAUGUGACUUAGAACUGGUCUUAAAACAUAAGACAUCCCAUGCAACCAAAUGUAACUCCUGAACUUCUUAGUAGUUGAUGUUAGGGAAAUUAAUACUUAACAACUUUCCAUUUCGGUGCAUAAAAAAGCAUUUCAGUUUUCCCCCUAUUGUGGGGUUUUGUGUGGCUGUUUGGUUGUUUAAUUCAGAAUGACUGAUAUAUAGAAAAGGCUGGAUUGCAUAUGUAUAGAUAGAUACUAUAAAUCUAAGGUCUAUGUUCUGUUGUAUCUUUUCCCAUUUCUUGUGUGUAAAAAAGGAAACAACGAAACGAAAAAGACAACCCAUUUUUUGCUGAGCUCAGCAAUGUAAAAAAUCAAGAGAAAAGUCUUUCCUCAUGGACAGACUGUGAAAUGAAAAUCUUAAUGCUGGCUUGUUUUUAAACAUGAGCAGCAGUUGGGGGUUUUAGUUUAGCUUCAUUGGUGUGACAGGCAAAUGAAAAAUUUCUGGACUGGCUAUCUGAAUACAAACAUGCAGUAAGACUGAAAACAAUAGUGGGAGAGAUCAGGAAGGAAUGUAUUUGACCAGACCUCCACUGUGCAAGCAUAGAUCUUAAUGCUGAGGUCACAACACACUAUUUUCUUUGCAGAUAGAACAAUUUUUCAUGUAUUUUGUCAGAUAAACAACACAAGGUUGAGCAUUCCAAUGAUAACAAGUUAUCUCUCUGAAAAAUAACAGAAAAAAAAAAUCCUUUGCAUUUCAAUAGCAGUUUACAAAUCUACGAGUAAAAAGAAAGUGGUAAAAAAGGAAGCUUAGCUCAGAAUCUCCCAAUCUGUCGCCCAGAAAUUUUUCUGCCUGUAAUCCCUUCCUGCAGUUUUCUGAUUCACACUGCCUUUGCUUCUGACUCUGCAGGGAAUAAGUGAAUAUUUCUUUUUUUUUUUCAGGAUGGUGCUUUUACAGAGGUGCGCAUACUAUGUGUGAAAAUAAAGCACCAUUGUUUUUUAAACUAAUGUGCAUAUCACUUCAUAACUAGAAGUGCCAGUGGUUUUCUUUCCCUUUUAAUUCCUGCAUUUCCAAACUGCUUGACUGCAUAAGGUAAAAUGAUUUGUGUUUUCAUCUAACAUCUGAAAAUGAUUUAACUUAGAAUUAAGAGUUGAAAGUGGGAGGAAGUUUUGAAUUUGCCUCAUUCCUGCUCUGCCUCUUAGCUUUUAAAGGGAGAAGAACAAUUGCAAGGAACGUAAGAAAUACAGUUUAGGUCUUUUCUGCCUCGUGUACUUUCCAUAUGUCUCUUUCUUCAUGUCUUUUUACUACAUGUCUUUAAUUUUAAUCAGGUCUUUUAGUACACUUUAUAACAAAGCGUUUCUUUGGGUUUUCCUUACAGCAAAAGACUUUGCUUCAUUUCCUUCUGUGAUUCAGUUCCAUGUAGUCCUCCUGGGUUUGGUUUGACACGUUAACGAACCUUUUCAAACUUGUAUUCCUUCUUGUAUGGUAUAGGAAUACAAGUAAUGUUUUUGUCACCUGUUUCAAACAGAAACGUGUUGUGCAUGUUUGGAUUGAUAUAGCAGUAAGCAGUGAGCCCUUUUUCAAUUCAGAAAGCACCAACAGAUGUAUGUUCUCAGAAUACGUUAACUUCUGUUUCCCUCUCCCCUCCUGUCUCCUCUUUACAAGGAGUUUUAGGAAGGAAUUUGCUGGGAAAGGUUUCUGGUAUGCUUCUGAUGACAAGCCACAGUUGUUCUGAGUUGUUUAACAAAGUCAGUGUAGAAAAUUUUAUGUAAAAAGCUUUCAGUUUUACCCUUUUGUUUUGAAUGUCAUUGGUCAAGACAUUUUAAUAGAAAUGCUUGAAUUACAUGAGCAAUAAUCAAGUAGGACAAAUGAAAUAGUAAUAUAUUCCUGAGUUUUCAUGGCAUCCCUUGCCACUAAAAUUUAGUUUAUAGUAAAAUGCUGUUAGUGACAUCUGCUAGCGGCAGAAAAUUCAUCUUAGCUUGUAAAUUGAUACUUACAUUGGCAGAUAUUCAGGUGAGUAUUGCUUUGUUGCUCUGGCAACAAGAAGAGCAAUAGAAACCCUUGAGGGUUGAUUUUUUAGCCUACAGCACAUUAAGAAAAAUAAUGCUCUUGAGCAUUUUUCCAUGAAAGAUGAAAUACAAAGAUAGACUACAGUGUUACCAGGUAUGUCUUACCAGUGGUCGCUUCCCCCAGUGUAUUUUUUUAAAGGAGAGUGCUGUGAGGUAUUUUAUACUCCUGUUAACGAACUUCAGAAAUCAGAUUAAAUCAUACCUGAAGAAAAAAAAAAAAGAAAAAAAAAAGAAA